CCGACUCCGACUCCGACUCCGGAGGAAGCGAUCAUCUUCCUUUGAUCUCGCAUCGUCUCUCUAUUCUGCUCUUUAACCAUCCCGGACACAAAAUCGGAGCGGAAGGCAUCGUGGCUCCCGCUGUAGGUCCGGACGAAGGAAUCGGUGGACAAGGCGUCGGAGAAUAGCUGCUGGUCGGAGUGAAGGAGUCCAAAGUUGAGGGAGUAUACAAAAGGAGUUGAGAACAAUUUGCGGCAGGUUGAAUUUGAUUCGAUUCAGGAUUAUAUAAAAGAAAGUGAUAAUUUGGUGUCUCUUCAUGAACAAAUUCGUGACUGCCACAGCAUCUUGUCACAGAUGGAGACCCUCCUCAGUGGGUUCCAGACUGAGAUCGGUUCUAUUAGUUCAGACAUCAAAAUUCUUCAAGAGAAGUCUAUGGACAUGGGUCUAAGGCUGAAAACCCGGAAGGCAUUGGUUUCAUAGGACAUGCUCUAUUGGAAGUCCUUCACAACUAUUAGAGUGACCAUUUCUUUAGUUGGUCAAAGAGGUUAAGCUUUAUAAUCUUUGUUUUCUACUUUCUUGAUGUUCGUUGAGUCUGAUUCGUUCAUUAAAACUUCUAAAUCUCUGAAGGAUGUGCAACCUGAGCUUGACAAGCUGAGGCAGAAAGCAGUUUCCAAGGUUUUUUAUUUCAUUAUUCAGAAGCUUCAAGCUCUGAGAAAACCUAAAACGAAUAUCCAGAUCCUUCAACAAAGUGUUCUUUUAAAGUACAAGUAUGUCAUUUCCUUUUUAAAAGAGCAUGGCAAGGAAGUGUACACUGAAGUUCGCACUGCGUACAUUGACACAAUGAACAAGGUUCUAAGUGCAUGUUUUCGUGCAUACAUUCAAGCGCUGGAGAAACUACAGUUCGAUAUAGCAACUUCGAGUGAUUUAAUUGGUGUGGAGACCGGAAGUAUUGGCUUGUUUUCGAGAGUCAGAGAGCCGCUGAAAAAUCGAUCAGCUGUUUUUGCUUUGGGAGAUAGGAUUAAUAUCUUGAAGGACAUUGAGCAGCCAACAUUGAUUCCACAUAUAGCUGAAGCCAGUUCCCAGAAGUAUCCUUAUGAGGUCAUCUUCGGGAGCUUACACAGGCUACUACUGGAUACAGCCACUUCAGAGUAUCUUUUCUGUGAUAACUUCUUUGGGGAAGAGGCCAUGUUUAAUGAAAUAUUUGCUGGUCCCCUUACUGUGAUUGAUGAGCACUUCAAUUCCAUACUGCCAAACAGUUAUGAUGCAAUGGGCGACGAGUUCCCUGUUUGGACUCAUAUCUUGACAAGGCAGGCCCUGAAGGUGAGAAAAUUCAAAUUCAUUUUGAGGAACUGCUGAAGAGCAAUACAGCAUUGUUCGUGGAGGAACUCCUUGUGGACCAUUUUGCGGACCUAAUCAAGUUCGUCAAGACACGAGCUUGUGGGCAUUUCAACCGAACAACAAAGAUGAGCCAACCGAGGAAAACAAUGAAGAGGACGAAAGCAAUAAAGAUAAGUCAACCCAAAAAAGCAAUAAAGAGGACAAGUGCACUGACGAGGAAGAGCGGCAGUGAAAAUGAGCCAACCAAAAAAUCUUGUUGAACUAUUUAGUCCUUAGUACUUAGUUAUGUCUGUUUGCGUUUGUGCUUAUGUAUUUUUCAAUCAGAAUAUGAUGAUGCAUUGGUGUGGACUACAUGCAGCUCAACUUAAAUUAGUACUUAGUUAUGUCUGUUUGCGUUUGUGCUUAUGUAUUUUUCAAUCAGAAUAUGAUGAUGCAUUGGUGUGGACUACAUGCAGCUCAACUUAAGCAUUGAUUAG